AUCGGCUGUCAAAAUAUUCACGUGUUUACCGCAGUGGUGUAUAGUUUUGCAGAUUUUUAUAAAAUAAUUACUUUAUUUUAACAAUAAAUAAAAAAUGGGUAAAAUCAAGACUGAACCGGUAGAUCAAGACGCAUCCGUUGUCUCCGUAGCAAAUGUAUCGGUGAAAGAGGAGGAUACCUAUGAUGACAAACUCAAAUACGUGAACAGCAUUUCCCAGCCAAUGGCUUCACGUAAAAUGGCCAAAAAAUGCUACAAAUUAAUUAAAAAGGCGAUGAAACAUAAAACAUAUCUACGCAAUGGCUUAAAGGAUGUACAAACACGCUUGCGCAAAGGAGAAACUGGCAUUUGCAUCUUUGCUGGCGAUGUUACACCCAUCGAUAUUAUGUGCCAUUUGCCUGCCGUGUGCGAAGAGAAGGGUAUUCCAUAUGCGUAUACACCAAGUCGUGCUGAUUUGGGCGCCGCUAUGGGUGUGAAACGUGGCACAGUUGCAUUGUUGGUGCGCGAACACCAAGAUUAUCAGGAUUUGUAUGAUGAACUAAAAGAGGAUAUAUCUGGUUUGGGUGUACCUGCCUAAAAAUCAGCUUUGGCUUAUCAGUGCCUAACUGUAGUUUAAGAGAUUUCCUACGUCUUUUUAUUAUAUUCUAAUAAGUUAAAUAAAAUAAGAUAUUGUAAUAAAAAAUAUAAAAUGUU